CUCUGAUCCACUCGCUCGUCUCCAUCUAUCCAUUCUCCAUCCACCUCAGCAUCCACAAUCCUCUCAUCCAUCUCUUCCACCUCUCUCUCCCUAUCUAUAGUUCACGCAAGCUCCAUCUUUCCCUCGAGCUCCCUACUGUCCUCAUCCAUCGUCCGCUCCGGCUCAAUCCAAUUUCAGCUCAUCUUCACUUCCGUAGCUACCCACUUCCACCCCUCCCAGCCCCGAGCCCCGGCAUCCAGUCAUGGAGGCAAGGCGGAGACAGGCUUCUGCCUCGACAUCCACCUCGUACUCGCACGACGACGCCAAAACGCCAGGCAAGGGGUCUGGGGGCGUGACGCCCAGUCUUGAAGGCGACGACGACGCUGCGCCGCGCCGCACUCGCAAUCGCAACCCACUCCCGCCGCAGGUCGGCCCACUGUUUCCACCACUCCCACCCCGUCCGGCAAAAAACUCGCCAAAGAACUCGCCCAAGACAGCCAGCAGGUCACCUUCAGGCAAAUUCCAGCGCCUAGCAUCCGCAAGCGCGCUGUCGAGUGUCAUGGGUGAUGACUCGCCAGAAAAUGCGACGGCAGACGAUAUGGGGGCUGGGCGCGACGCGCAUCCCGCGUCCGCGUCAAGCCUCAGCCCGCCACCACCAGUUGACGAUGAUAUGCUGGUCGAUUCAUCUGCUCAGCAGAAGAACGAGGGCAACGGCGACGACUGGGACGCGUACCACCGCCGUCGCGGGGUGCGGAGCUUCAGCGGCGCCAAAUCCGGCGCUGUCAAGGUUGAGCCCAUCGAAGCCGAGCCUGUACCCGAGGAGCAUGCGGCCGAGUCCGAAGCUGCGGCUGAGGUUGAGGCCGAGGCGACUGAGAAUGGGCAGGACGUGGAGAUGGGAGGUGAGGCUGAGGGCGCGGCCGAGGGUGAUGAUGAGGUCGGGGGCGAAGGCGAGGCCGACGCCGCGGAGGCCAAUGUGUCGAAUGGCAAUGCUGAAGCCGACGGCGACGAGCGAUCAAGAAAGGAGACGUCGGCAGCGACCAGCGCCGAGCCCCCCCACCGCAACCCCCGCAAGCGUCGCGGCGAAGAGCAGCUACUCCUCGACGACCAUCUCCUGCCAAAAGAGAUGCGUCAGCAUGCCCCAAUUCCGCCCCGCCGCGACAAGUCCGUCAAGCGCUCAGAGCCCGAGGAGGCGCCUCCCAAAGAGGAGCCCGCCGAGCUUGAGGAGGCCGAGACCGAGGAGGUUGAAGUCGAGGAGGUUGGGGACGACGCCGACGAUGGAGACGACAGUGGCGAGAUUACGCGCUGUGUAUGCAAGCGCGAAGAGGACAUCGAUGUCAUGAUGAUCCAGUGCGACAAGUGCAACGUCUGGCAACACGGCGCGUGCGUGGGCAUCUGGGGUGACGAUGAGGCGCCUGAUGAGUACUUCUGCGAGGAAUGCAAACCGGAGCUGCAUGGUCCGCUGAAGAAAUGGAUGAGGCAUUGCGGUCGUAACCCAGCCAACUUUGUCCCACCCGAGCCAGAAGACUUGCUCAAGUUGUAUCACGCCACCGACAAGCACCCGCCAUCGCAGUCGAAGCGCUGGGCGACGGAGCUUCCGCCCCAGCCGAAGCCCCCCUCCCGAUCUCACCGAAAGAAGGAGGACGAUGAUGACCGACGCUCCUCACGCAAGUCGGUGGCAGCGGAGAAGACGGCACGGCCCCCUUCCUCCAAGGACGCUGCGCGCGACCGGAGGCGAGGGAGACGGCAGUCGACGGACCUGUCGCUCUCCGGUUCGCCUCCUCGCCACGAGCCCAAGAAGCGGAGUACGAUGAACUCGCGCGACGCGGCGUACGAAGAGGCGGUCAAGGCCGCCCUGGAAGCCAGCAGGCGAGAGGCCUCGGGUGAGAAGGAGGAGCAGCCAGCGGUCGAGGAGCGAAAGCGGAGACGGCCCGAUAAUGACGAGGGCGAACAGCAGGAGGCGAAGAAGGGCAAGAAGAAGGAGAAGAAGGACGAAGAGGACGGCGAGACAACCCCGGCUCCGGCUCCCAAGCCCAAGCAUCCCAAUCAGUACACGUAUAGGCCGAAAGGCGACCGUUCUGCAGCGGCCGCAUCGCCGAUGCGGGCUCGUGGCACGCCUCAGCCGACAGGGCCGCCGCCUGCUCACGAUCACGGGACUCGUCGGGCGGGCGCCAUCGCCAACAACCUUGCCUCGCAACCCUACAGUGCCAUGACGGUGCACAACCUAAACUGGUACCUUCCCGACCACCUGCUUCCAUGUGCCGACAUCCUGGAGACGCCCACACCGGUGCCGCUGGAGGUCCCUUCUCCACGGACGUUGCAAUACCUCCCAAGAACGCACUUUACGAAUCAGAGAUACGGCCCGUUUACCGACGAGCGAGAUGAAGAGGGAAGGCUCAUUCUGCCUGACGAUAUGCCCUUGCGCGAGGUGGAGGGCGAGGCUGUCAACCACCGCGAGCCCCCCACUCGCGUGCGCUAUCCGGUCAAGCGGAUCACGACCGCUGAAAUGCGCAAGCGUGUGCGCAAUCUACUGGAGUACGUUGGGCGCGUGCAGGACGAGGAGGCUCGUCGAGCCGAGCGCGCAGCGAAGAUUGGCAUACCGCCCACGUCUGCGCCACGUCCAAGGUUACCACCACUCGGUGAAGACGGGCGGGAAGGCUCGCAGCCGAACGGGGAGGCGGCCGAGAGACCCUCGGUUCAGCCCCUACCACCUGGCCCGCCGCCACCCACUGCGUCUCAGUUGCUGGAUGAGUUCACACGAGACUUGAUCUCUUUCCAGGAGGCGUUCAACACCGGAGAUUUCGAAAGUCUGCCAUUCGCUCAGCCACGCCCGCAGCCGCCUACGCCCGAGCCCGAACCUACGCCGGAGCUCGAACCCACACCCGAGCCAGGCGACCUCCGCGAGCACGGCGUCAUGGCUGAACAUGAACUGGACAUGGAUGCUGCACCGGAGACGGAUGCGGUUGUGGCAAUGUCUGAGCAGACAGUCGUGAUCGAGGAGGGAAUGGUCGAGGAGAGCGCGGACGUCGAAGACAUCAAGGCCGAGCCGCCGCAAGAAGUCUCGGUCGACGAGACGGAGGCUGCGCCGGAGGUCCCCUCUGCGAGAGGACCCGCUGCGGAGCUCACUGAGCCCAUGGUCGAGGAGCCACUCGAGAUGUCCAGCCAAUCUCCAGUGCAGCCAUCGGUUGCUGAGGAGGUCACAGUGGAUGAGCCCGUUCUCGAUGCCGAGGCAAUGGACGUUGAUGAGCCCCCCGCUGCACUUGCUGCAGAAAUCGUGACCGCCCCCGCCGAGGCCACAUUGGCAACUGCGGUAGUCGAGGACGAUGCCAUGGAGGUCGACAUGGACAUCGACUCUUCGGCUGGCUCAAUCCCUCCUCCAGCAGUCCACACGGCGAAUCCAGCAGCGCUUCCUACGGAGGCUGAGUUUGCCCUUCCCGAGCCCUCCGCGUCGGAGGUCGCGCCCAAUGUCACAGUUGCGGCUGCACCUGCCAAGCAUUCAUCACAAACCGCUGCCGAGCCGGCUGCACCUCCCACAGAAACUUUCUCGGAGCCACUAGCACCGACGCCCGUAUCCGAGAUUCCGGACUCAUUGAGCGCCGACCUCAAGGUACCAUUAGUGAUGGGACGACCCGAGUCCGAGAAUUCAGAGGUGGAGGAGAGGGAGCGAGAAAGCAUUGCGACCGAGGUUGUCGCAUCGUAGCCAUAGCAUGUUUGGCUUGUCAUGAGAAGUGUUGUCAUCAGUCCAGACGGCAUGGUGCCUUUGAAUCCGACAAAACAGCCGCUCUCACGAACUUGCACUGCGAGCACAUCGGGGUCUCUCUAUGCCCCAGGAUCUGACUCAUAACUGUACAUGUCAUCCAUAGGUACGCCUACUGUGCUACAAUGUAUCUCUAAUGCUGCUGUUGG